CUGUCAAGCUCCCAACCUCGCGUCGCUUCAAUUGAAUCCAAAAAUUCGCUGCAAAAGCGCGACGGCUUUCAACACCACCUCAGCCAGCAGCAUCGAUUUCCACCGCCAACGAGAAGCAUCUGCCCUUAGCCGAAUGACACACUUCUCCCCUGUACCGCAUAGCAUUAACUGCAGGGAGCUCGGGUUGUCCAGUCGCGCUCCCUCGAGAGCUCACCUCGGUCUUUGCGCGCGCCGACGUCGAGAGUUGCAUUUUGCCGAGGGCAUCACCGGUCCUGCCCCGAGCCGACACAACCACCCAAUAGACGGACAAGAUGGCGAACCGACACUGGGAGCAGAACAAGGAGGCGACCAUCUAUGUGGGAAACCUGGACGAACGGUUCGGCGAGUCCUUGAUGUGGGAGAUGAUGACGCAGAUGGGACCUGUGGUCAACCUGCACAUGCCCAUGGACCGAGUCUCGCGCACACACCAGGGCUACGGCUUCGUCGAGUUCGACUCGCCCGAGUCGGCCGACUACGCAGCACGCGCUCUCAACGGCAUCCGCGUUUACGGAAAGGUCAUCCGCGUCAACAAGGCCAGUGCCGACAAGCAACGCGCCGCCGAGAUAGGCGCCGAGCUGUUUGUGAACAAUCUGGACCCCCAGGUGGACGAAAAGACCCUGUUCGACACAUUCAGCCGCUUCGGGCAGCUUGUCACGCCACCAAAUGUCGUUCGAGACGCCAACAACAUCUCCAAGGGCUACGGUUUCGUAAACUUUGACAGCUUCGAGGCCAGUGACCAAGCACGCGACACCAUGAACGGCCAGUACCUGCUCAGCAAGCAGAUCACUGUCGAGUACGCCUACAAGAAGGACGGCAAGGGCGAGCGCCACGGCGACGACGCCGAGCGUAAGCUGGCGGCCGAGGGCAAGAAGCACAACAUCGUUCCCGAGCAGCAGCCCCUGCCACCCGCCUUCCUCAUGACGGCACCACCGCCCACGACCCCGGCAACCCCUACCGGCCCAGCCUCUGCCGGCCCCGGAGCCCCUGCUGGUGCACCUCCUGGCUUCGACUCUGCUAAUACCGGUCGACCCGGCGGCGUACCAGGUGGGCCCGGCGGCCCUCCGCCCAUGCUUCCGCCAGGAGGCAUCCCCCAGGGUUACGCUCCCCCGCCACUCAGCGCCCAUGGAGGCCCCAUGCCUCCACGGGGCGGCCCGCCUCCAAGCUUCGGAGGUCCCCCGCACCACCACAACAGCCACCACCACCCUCACCACGGCGGUCCUCAUCACCACAUGGGCCCCCCCGGGAGGCCCUGGUGGCAGUCGCAUGGGUGGCGGCCCGGCCAUGCCUCCGCCCAUGGGUCUCGGCGGCCCGGCCAUGCCUCCGCCCAUGGGUCUCGGCGGCCCAGGGCCGUCGGGUCUGCCCGCACGCCCGCCACCCCCAAGCCAAGGGGCUUUCGCCGACCCGCGACACCUGCUAGACAGGUUAGGCAGGGCAUGAUGGUCGUGCCGCGGGUUUUUGUUUACUGCCCUGUGUCUUGCGGUUGGGGCCUUCUCCGAGGGUAG